UGUAUGUGCACGCACUCCCGAGGUAAAAGUAACAGCUGAUGAAAAGCGUCAUAACAGACUGAGAUUUGGAGCGUUUCAGGAAAGACAGGGGGACUGGAAUUCAGUUCAUACAUCAAAUGAAAACAGACGCAAGAUCCAUCUAACAUGCGACUUAAUUUCUAUCAUUUUGUGUUUGUUGGCGUGUUGCUGAUUGGGCUCUCUUAUUUGGGCUACAACUCUAACUGGCAACUCCAAAGGAGAGAGGAGAAGCAUAAAGACUUGGGAUUGCACUCAGUUCCUGGGUGUGUACAACUACAUACACAUAAUUUCAUAUUAUUAGGUUUAUAACUUUGUGUCUAAUAUGCAUGCAUUGUAUUCACCAGAUAAAAAGCAUAGCUUAUCGUUUAAAUGUGUUUAAUAUGUAUCAACAGCUAAGUCCAUGAACCAGUAAGGGAUGUCUGCUUUUCAUUUUCUUUAAUCUUUGUACAGGUUGCUGUAUGCACAGCCCAGUGCCCUUAAUGGUCGAUCAGAUGUCGCUUAUAUGACACCAUGGUUGGCGCCCAUUGUUUGGGAGGGAACCUUUAAUCCUACACUGAUCGACUCUAUCUACAAACAACAAAAUAUCACUAUAGCCACUACAGUUUUUGCUUUGGGAAAAUAUAUACGUUUUCUCAGAGAUUUUCUGGAGUCAGCUGAGCAGCAUUUUUUUGUUGGAUUUCGGGUGCAUUAUUACUUGUUCACAGAUCAACCAGAAGCAAUUCCUGAUGUAAAGCUCGGUGAAGAACGUCAGCUGAGAGUGCGGACAGUCCCGAGAAUGGAUAGGUGGCAGGACAUUACUAUGGGAAGGAUGGGAAUGGUGGCAAAACUAACUGAGAGUGAACUGGCAAAUGAGGCUGACUACAUUUUCUGCCUUGAUGUGGAUACAAAGUUUUAUGCCCGCUGGAGUGUGGAGGCUUUAGGCAGUCUUGUAGGAGUGAUUCAUCCUUGGUUCUAUAAUUAUCGAAGGGAUCAAUUUACCUAUGAACGUAGACCAGAGUCACAAGCAUUUAUUCAGGCUGAAGAAGGUGAUUUUUAUUACGCUGGUGGUACGUUUGGUGGCUCAGUGCAAGAAGUGCAUAAGCUCACCAGAACUUGCAGUGAGCAGCAGAGUAUUGAUGCUGCCAAGUCCAUUGAGGCAAUAUGGCACGAUGAAUCUCACUUAAACAAGUAUUUUCUUUACAAUAAGCCCACUAAGGUGCUCUCACCUGAGUAUCUGUGGAGAAAUAUUGAUGCCAGAACUAAUGAGGUGACAAUAAUACGCUUCUGUAGUGUAGAUAAAAAUAGUGAAGAGGUUCGCUCAAACUUAUAACAACAGUUACAAACUGGAAUGUUCAUCUACACUCACAUAUUGCGUCCAUAAAGGCUUCAGAAGUUUCAAAUUGUGACACUAAAAUACUUUUGAUUAUAUUAUGAUAUAGUAUAUUGUUAUGUGUUGUCAAGUACAAAACUUACCAAAAAUUUACUUUAAAUAGUCACUAUCCCCCGGUUUCACAGACAAGGCUUAAGGCUAGUCAUAGACCAAGACACAUGUUUGAGCUAUCUCAACUCAGAAACAAGCACUGAUGGAUCUUAAAAUAUGCCACAGUGCCAUUGAUCUUUUUCUUCAGUAAAUGAACCAUUCAGGGAUGGGGUAUUCAAAAUAUCACUUUUCUUUGGCCUAACUUCAACUUGCUUUUGUUUUAAUUGUUUGAUUGUCUGUCCAGAUGUAGAUACAGAUUUUUCUUUUUCAUAAUGUUAUUAUUUUAUUAUUAAAAAAAACGUUUUAUUUAUCUCUCUACUUUUUUCUUUUUGUAAUUAUUGUAUUCUAUUUAUUGUAAAAAAAUUUAUUCUGUCAAAAGAGCGAUUAUAAAGGUCAGUUAAAACUGCCUUUCAUUAAAUGCAGGUCAUCAAUAUAGGCAGCAAAACGCUGGAAGGAAACAGUCAGUGAAUCCCUAGGAGCAAAUAAACCCAAACCAGGCAUUCCAGUGCCCCAAGCUUUAUCGCAGCGCCCCUCUCCACCUACUAUAGUGGAGAAAGGUUUGCUACAUUGGCGGAACUAGAUUUUUAUAGAUGGGGUUGCCAGGAAGUGGCCAAGACUUUAGGGGAUGCAUAGUCAAUGAAAGAAUGUCUUACCCUAACCUGGCAUCAAAAUUCCAUAAUUGCAUCCAUGGUUACCCCACAUUACCUUAUGUAUUUCUAUACUACGACACGUGAAUGUUAAUCAAUUAAAAUGUUGAACUUCACGAAGUGCAACACAAUUCAAAUGGCGGUGUGGGUCCCUGAGGGGGCUUAGGGAUGUUUGUGAGUUUAAAAGUGGAGUGGAACGCCGCCCAUCAAAUGGGGAGCUGCACUUUUUCUGGAUUAUAAGCAUAAUAACACUUACAUUUCUCAACCACUAUUUUAAUUAAUUAUGUAGGCUAUAAUUUAAAACAAAGUAAUAGUAGUAGUUUUACCAUAUCACAUAAAUGUUUAACUAACUGCUGAAACUUUUAACCAGAUCCAUUAGGGAUUCUCUUGUCUGUUUUGAAGUAUGUCUGUACGCUUUUAUACUUUUUAUUUGAUUUUCAUUGUCUAAAAAAACUCAUGCAUGGGUUCUGACCUGCAGCACAAGACAAGCAUAUGAUGAAAGAGAAACCCACUUCCAUAAACAACAUAUUUUUAAUGUUAUGUAGAUAAGAAUUGGUGUUUUGUUCGAUGAUUCAAAUAAGAAACUUCUCUGUACGAUCUUAGCAUAUCCAUGUUGAAAGCACUGCAUAUUAAAAAAAAUCUUC